GGGAGAAGGGAAAACUGAGGGAGUCAGGAGAAGAGAGGAGAGCAAAAGGAAAAAGGAGAGCAAAAAAGAAAAAGGAGGACAGCUCAGCAAAUCAGCCCAGUAGCAUUCCUCUCACAGCUGCAGUGAUCCAGGCUGGGAGGGGAAGUUUAGCGUACCAGGAGGAGAAAUAAAAACGAGAAAUUGCAUUUUUAGAUUUUUCUCUGGGUGAAGAAAUCAUAAGUGUCCCUGGAGAGGAAAGGGAACAAGAAGAAAGAGGAAUCAGAGAGCUUCUGCAGCCUCCGAGUGUCCUGCAGGAGAAGAUGGAUUCAGACUCCGGAGAGCAGAGUGACGGAGACCUGUCCCCAGGACAGGAGAGCUUCAACUCUCGCUCCCUGGCCCUGCAGGCCCAGAAGAAGAUCCUGAGCAAGAUGGCGACCAUGGUGGUGGCCAACAUGCUGACAGACGACACCAGCAGCGAGAUCCUGGACGAGCUCUACAAGACGAGCCGGGAGUACACUAAGAGCAAGAAGGAGGCCCACAAGAUCAUCAAGGACGUCAUCAAGAUUGCCCUGAAGAUCGGUAUCUUGUACCGCAACCACCAGUUCAGCCCCGACGAGCUGGACACAGUGGAGCGCUUCAAGAAGAAGAUGAACCAGGCGGCCAUGACGGCAGUGUCGUUCUACGAGGUGGAGUACACCUUUGACAGGAAUAUUCUGUCGGAGCUCCUGCUGGAGUGCAGGGACCUGCUUCACGCCCUGGUUGAGCAGCACCUGACGGCGCGCUCACAUGCACGCAUCGAUCACGUUUUCAACCAUUUUGCCCACGGGGAGUUCCUGGCCGAGCUGUACGGGGACAGAGAGGAGUACAGACUCUCCCUGAGGAAGAUCUGCAAUGGCAUCAACAAACUGCUGGAUGAAGGAACGCUUUAACCUCACACACCUCUCACCUCUAGCUCUUUCUCCUCCUGCCUCCUUCUCUUGCUGGUCUCUCCUGCCUCCUUCUAUCUCCUUUUCACCCGCUCACCCCUGACUGCUCACUUUCUCUUCUCCUUUUUGCUCUCGUCUUCCUGUUUCUUCUUCUUUAUCCAUUUCCAUGAAGCUCGCUGUAACGUCCCGCUGCUAUGGUUCAAUGAGGGAAUUUUUUAGACUGUCUUUCCACUCUGUGGAUCAUUGCUGCACAAUGGGACAGCCUGUAUCAUGUUGUAUGCAUUAUAGCAUUCCCAGUCAUCCUCUCUGUGUGCAAAAGUGUACUGUACCAAUGGCCAAAAAAUAGGUAUAGUUGGAUAUGGAAGAUAAUCAGUAGUAAUCAGUCUCUCUCUCUCUUUUUGUGUGUGUGUGUUUGUGUGUGUGUGUGUGUGUGCACACAUGUGUUUGUAUGGGACUUGCUUGAAUAAUAUGUUUGUACAUAAGACCAACUAUGACAUGGCGUGUGUAUUAUGUAUCUGUGUCAAUCUUCUCUACAAGGAUGUAACACUUG